AGUGCUAGACUAUCUAGACUCUCAAACCCCCAUUACUCUCUUCUUCAACUUUCUUCAAUUUCAUAAGAACUAUUUUUAUUUAAUAAUUUUUUCUAUCAAUUCGAAAUGGAAGACAGUGGGAACCAACUGCUCCAGAAACACUGUGACUCCGGCGCCGCUAAUGCUCUCAAAGGGCUCAAGUUCAUCAGCCAGACCGACGGCGGUGCCGAAUGGGCCACCGUCGAGCGGCGGUUCGACGACCUCGCCGCCUCCACCAAUGGGCUUCUCCCAAAACCCAAGUUUGGUGAAUGCAUAGGUAUGAAGAGGGGGUCCGAGGAGUUUGCCGGAGUAGAGCUUUUUGAUGCAUUGUGUAGGAGAAGAAAUAUCACUAUUGAUGAUUCCAUCGACAAAGCACAGCUCAGAGAGUUUUGGGAACAAAUUGGUGAUCAGAGUUUCGAUUCUCGACUUCAAAUCUUCUUUGAUAUGGUUGAUAAAGAUGACAGAAUCACAGAAGAAGAAAUCAAAGAGGUUAUUAGCCUUAGUGCAUCUGCCAACAAACAGUCAAAAUUCCAGGAACUAGCAGAAGAAUACGCAUCACUGAUCAUGGAAGAGUUGGACCCCGGCAACCUCGGAUACAUUGUGAUAGAGAAUCUGGAGAUGCUGUUGCUGCAGGAUCCAAACCAAUCGGAGAGAGCGCAUAAGAACAGGAACCUGAAACUGAAGCCCACAGCAGAGCCCAACCUAGUGGUCAGAUGGUUAAAGGAUUUCAGGUACUUUCUGUCGGCUAAUUGGCAGAGAGUGUGGGUGCUUUUACUGUGGAUUGGAAUAAUGGGUGGGCUGUUUGGUUGGAAGUAUGUGCAGUACAAGAACAAAGCUGCAUAUGAUGUUAUGGGUGCCUGUGUUUGCUUGGCCAAAGGUGCAGCCGAAACGCUUAAGCUAAACAUGGCUCUAAUCCUCUUACCAGUCUGCAGAAACACACUCACUUGGCUUAGGAACAAAGCCAAACUAGGAGUUGUUGUCCCCUUUGAUGAUAACCUCAAUUUUCACAAGGUCAUAGCGAUGGCGGUGGCAAUAGGAGUGGGAAUACACGCCUUUUCUCACUUGACAUGCAAUUUCGUAAAGUUGUUACACGCGAGCCCAGAAACAUAUGAGCCAAUGGUGCGGUACUUGGGGAAGCAACCAGAGAGCUACUGGCAUUUCGUGAAGGGGGUGGAAGGGGUGACCGGGAUAAUAAUGGUGGUGUUGAUGGCCAUUGCAUUCACACUGGCAACUCCAUGGUUUAGAAGGAACAAAGUGAAAUUGCCAAAGCCCUUCAACAAGUUUACAGGUUUCAAUGCCUUUUGGUACUCCCACCACCUCUUUGUCAUUGUUUAUGUUCUCCUCUUUGUCCAUGGUAUCCACAUUGUACAAAAAUGGUACAACAAAACGACAUGGAUGUACUUGGCUGUCCCCGUUCUACUUUAUGUCGGUGAAAGAUUUAUAAGAGUCUUACGAUCUAGCAUCAAACCCGUUAAGAUUCUUAAGGCGGUGAUAUAUCCCGGAAAUGUUUUGACACUUCAUAUGUCAAAGCCUCAAGGAUUUAGAUAUAAGAGCGGUCAAUAUAUGUUCGUCAACUGUGCUGUUAUUUCUCCAUUUGAAUGGCACCCAUUCUCAAUUACUUCAGCCCCUGGGGACGACUACCUCAGUGUCUACAUUCGCAAUAGUGGUGAUUGGACAAGACAAGUCAGAAAUAAGUUCGCAGAGGUUUGCCAGCCCCCACCUAAUGGUAAAAGUGGUCUCUUGAGAGCUGAUUGCUUGCAAGGACAGAAUAACCCCAACUUCCCAAAGGUGUUGAUUGAUGGGCCAUAUGGAGCAGCAGCUCAAGACUACAAGAAAUAUGAGGUGGUUUUGCUAGUGGGGUUGGGGAUUGGCGCCACCCCAAUGGUAAGCAUAGUGAAGGACAUUUUGAACAACACGAAGGCGAUGGAGGAUGAAGAUAUUGAGACCGGAAUUAAUGGAGGCACCAGCAGCAGGUUGCAGGAUGAUCACAGGAGGAAAUUUGCAGGACCAUCAAGUCGCAGAAACAAGUUUAAAACGAGGAGGGCAUAUUUCUAUUGGGCUGCACGGGAACAAGGAGCAUUUGAGUGGUUCAAAGGGAUAAUGAAUGGAGUUGCUGAGAUGGACCAUAAGAAUGCCAUAGAGAUACACAAUUACUGCACCAGCAUUUACGAAGAAGGUGACAACCGUUCUGCCCUUAUUGCCAUGCUUAAGUCCCUCCACAAGGCCAACAACGGUGUCGACAUUGACACUGUUCCCAGCACUGCUGUUAGGACUCACUUCGGUAGGCCUGAUUGGCACGAGGUCUAUAAACGCAUUGCUUCCAAUCAUAACAAUGAAACAAUUGGAGUUUUCUACUGUGGGGUACCAACACUUACAAAGGAGUUGAAACAGCUAGCAUUGGAUUUUUCUCGCUACACAUCCACCAAAUUUGAUUUCCACAAGGAAACUUUUUGAGAUAAGAAAAAUGAUACUUUUAGUCUCGUCAUUCAAUUUUAUAUUGUUAUAUUGCAAUGUCAUAUGCUAUUCCAAGCCAUUGUUUCCACAUGAUUUGCAUAUGAAAAAGGUAUUUUUCUUUAACAUGUUUUUGUUUUAAUUAUGGGAAUAUUGA